AUGAUUAAAACUUCAUCAGACAUAUAUGAAACUGGAAAUUCAUUGCAUCCUACCAGCUCCAAUAAAAAGGCUAUAAACGUGGAUGUGACAAUUAAAGAAAGGGGCGAAGUUUACACAACAGCAUUGGAAAAUUUAGAGUCAUCUGAUGACAAUGAAAAGCAGGAAGCCACUCUUCAAAAAGGGUUAAAUUCAAGACAAAUCCAGUUGCUAGCUCUAGGGGGAGCCAUAGGUACCGGUUUAUUUGUUGGGACUGGAAGCACUUUGGUUAACUGUGGUCCAUUGCCACUUAUGUUAGCAUUUAUAAUUAUUUCUUUUGUCGUUUACCCCAUUAUGAAUUCAAUUGCAGAAAUGAUUUGCUUUUUACCACAGCAAGGUACAACUCAAGAGUUAGUUUCAAGAUAUGUUGACACCAGCUUAGGCUUUGCCAUUGGGUGGAAUUAUGCUUAUGCAUAUGCCAUGUUAGUUGCUUCCGAAAUUUCUGCCGCUGCUGGUGUUAUACAAUACUGGGACGACAAAACUAACAUUGCAGUUUACAUUACAGUUCUAUUGGUGGUCAUCAUUAGUUUAAAUUUCAUGCCAGUUAAGUUUUAUGGUGAAUUUGAAUUUUAUUUUGCCAUUAUUAAGAUUUUGUGUAUUUUAGGGUUAAUUAUUUUAAGUGUUGUAUUGUUUUUUGGAGGUGGUCCAAACCAUGACCGCUUGGGUUUUAGAUUUUGGAAACACCCGGGUCCAUUUGCUUAUCACAUUACCACCGGAAGCACUGGCAGGUUUACAGAUGUAUGGACAGCGAUAAUUAAAUCUGGGUUUGCCUUUAUUCUAUCCCCGGAAUUAAUCGGUGUUGCUUGUGUCGAAGCCCAAGAUACGAGAAGAAAUAUUUCCAAAGCCUCUCGUAGAUUUAUUUACAGGCUUGUUUUUUUCUAUAUUUGUUCAACAAUUGCAAUUGGUGUCAUUGUUUCUAGAAAGGACACAGGAUUAUUAAAGGCUUUGAGCACUGGUGCACCCGGUGCAAGCUCCUCUCCAUUUGUUGCAGCGAUCAGAAACGCUGGUAUCCGCGUAUUACCACACAUUAUUAAUGCAUGCAUCUUAACCUCUGCCUGGAGUUCAGGUAACUCUUUCAUGUAUGCUGCCUCUAGAACUGUUUUGGCACUAGCUAACAAAGGGUUGGCACCAAAAUUUUUUACUAAAAUUAAUAAAUAUGGUGUGCCGUACAACGCUGUUCUUUUAAGUGCCGCUGUUGCAUGCUUAUCGUACCUAAACGUGUCAUCAGGAAGUGCUCUUGGUUUUGAAUGGUUAAGUAACAUUUCAACCAUUUCGGGUUUUAUAGCAUGGGUUGUAUUGGGCAUUGCUCAUUUAAGAUUUAGAAAAGCAAUUGAUUUUAACGGGUUAUACGAUAGGUUGCCUUACAAGGCUAAAUUCAUGCCUUAUGCGACCUACUGGUAUAUAUUUUUUGUCGGCAUGAUUUGUUUAACAAAUGGUUAUGCAGUAUUUGUACAUGGUUUAUGGAAUGUCAGCGAUUUCAUUGCUGCGUAUAUUACUUUACCAAUUUUUUUUGUCUUAUAUUUUGGUCACAAAUUGUGGUUCAGAACCAGAUGGGCCAUUCCAAUUGCCGAAAUUGAUGUAACAACAGGUUUAGUUGAAGCUGAAGAGGAAGCCAAAAUGUGUUUAACCCCACCCCCAGAAACUAAGAUGGGAAAGUUUUUGGAAUGGUUAUUUUGA